AUGCAGCAACUUUUAUCUUCACAGGAACAUCGUAAUACAGUAGCGCAAACUUUGGCCACCGAUGGCAUAAAAUGGAAUUUCAUACCUCCACACUCGCCACACUGGGGCGGAAAAUGGGAGUCAGCGGUACGUUCUGUGAAAUUGCACCUUCGACGCGUCGUGGGAAAGACGAUCCUGACUUUUGAGCAAAUGCAAACUCUAAUCGCCCAGAUAAGCGCGGUUGUGAACUCAAGACCGUUGUGCUAUACACCUGGCACUGACCUCUCAUACUUGUCGCCAGCCCUCUUUCUUAUUGGACGCCCAUUUACAGCUGUUCCAGAGGGUGAUCUAUCUCAUUUGCCAAUCAAUCGCAUGGACUAUUGGCAACAUUUGCAAUCCAUGUAUCAAGGAUUUUGGAAACGCUGGCACCAGGAAUACUUAACAUCGCUACAGCAACGUCACAAGUGGAACAGCAAGGAACGCAACAUUUCAGUGAACAACGUCGUGCUUGUAAAGGACUCAAAUCUUCCACCAGCAGCUUGGCAGCUAGCCCGUGUGUUAGAAGCUCAUCCUGGACCAGAUGGAUUUGAACGCGCCGUGAAACUUAAGACAUCCACCGGAGAGAUGACUAGACCUAUCACCAAGCAAGCAGUAUUGCCUAAUUCUGAAACCGUGUUUCAGGGCGGCCCGGGAUGUUGA